GUAGAAGAAGAAGACUUUGCCAGUUGUCGUGCGUUUUGGCAAUAUGUGUUCAACAAGUUAAUUCACCUGCUAUGCAGCUUCUGUUUUAUGGUUAAGAGACCAUUAAGCAGGAGAGGAAACUAACAAUGUGGGUUCGUCGACCGGGAUUCGUCACAGAGAAGUCUGCGUGGAUGAGACGAGGAGGAAGGAGGAACAAAGCAGCUUAACGUGGCGGGGCCUUUCCAUCGUGAAAAUGAAGCUGUGAAUAUUAAGACACUUAAAGCAACUGUGCCUGCUGUCAUAACAGUUGUUAAAUCAAAUCCUCCAUCUGACCAGUCGGUUGAGUGUCUGCCUGCAGUUGAAUCACACCAACAGUCCGAUCCUCUGAGAAAAGUAGUGAAUCCACAGAUGUUGCAACCAGCCGACACAAGCCCUGGGAUCACACCAGGGACACCUCUGGGUGAACCCCUCCGACCCAGGUGAGCUCACGCUGCCCGAUAUCGACGACGGACGGAUGGAACCAGCCCUCCAACAGCAGCUAAUCGACCCAGUCCAGGCUCCAUGAAGAAGGUUUGUUGUCAACUGGGUACAGGUGGCUCCUCAUCUCCUUUUUCUUUAAAGACAUUCUUGUAAUAUUCUAUUUAUUAGUUACUAGUUAUUUUGGGGCCUAAUCCAGUCUAAUUCAAUUUGGGAGUUUAAUUACUUAUUCACUACAACCUAAAUGCUACAUAUAAUUGGUCCCCGUAGUGAGGCCGGAAUAUAUGUAAAGCAAAGUGUCUCCACUCAAAUCACCAAUAAUCACUACUUUCUACAUUUAUUGGUACCCGCGUGUGAGGCUUUAUUACUCAUUCACUACACUAUUAUUGGUGCCUCCGUGUGAGGUUUAACCCAUAUUCGCUACAUUUAUUAUUGGUGUCAAAGACGAAAAGGUAACAGUCACCGUACUCAGUGAUGAGGUCCGCGCCCUGGAAGAAACUACCAGUGAACGUGACGAGACAAUCACUGACUUACAUGACGAACUUAAGCAGGCACAUUAUGAAAUUAUAAUCCUGCAAAAUGAGACUAAAACAUGCAGACAUGUUCUGGCUCUUGAAAAAUCAAAGAACCAGGAACUGCACAAACAACUUGUUGACACAGACUUGGGUUUGAUGGAAACUCGCCAACAGCUGGAGCUCACAAGCAAAGAAGUGCUCUCACUAAGACGAGACUUAGGCAGUCCUCGCAUGAAACACGUAAGACAGCUGCAUGACCUUGACCAAACCUAUUUGGAGAGAGAAAAACUCCUCAAAAACUUCCUCUCUACAGGUACACACAGAGGACUCUUUCCACCUCCCUUUGUGGAAACAGACUCUUGUCCUCCAGAAAACUUUGACAGCCGUCGUGAGACUCUUGAGGGCUCACCUCACGAUCCCCCUCCACACACUCAGCCUCUUUCAGUUCUCACCGAUCGAGAACUUGAUAAGCUCUCACAAAACAUAACUCGCUUUGAGCCAAGUCCUGAUGGCUCCCUGGAUACUGGUACUUACUUGAAUAACAUCAAAUAUUUUCUUAGAAAAUUUCCUCAAGUAACCAGUGACCACUUUAUCUAUCUUGUCAGAAGAAUUUCUAGCUGCGAAGUUAGCAGGUUCCUUGAACGCCAACCUGAAGCGGUAAGACAAGACAUUGAAAAGCUUUGUAUGGCCCUUGAGAAAGAAUUCUCCAACCCCGCAGCUCAGACAGGUUUAGCAGCCGCCCUGAAAGUCAAACAGGGGAGAAAAGAAUCUCCCAGAGUGUAUUACAACCUUCUGCUGCUUGCAUACUUUGGUACACGCAACGAGCCAGACAUGGAGGAAGACCUCAGCUUCAGAACCUUGUUUGUUGAAAACCUUCAUCCUGCCCCCAGCUUUCACCUUGGAAUCCUUGGGGACCCCAAGGAAGUCGACAUUCAAUGUUUGCGUGAUCUUGCUUUGAAAGGUUUCACAAGGCAACAGAAAAGAGACUCUAAAGCCACUAAACAUCAUUCAGUUUUGAGUGUCAACACUCAACUGUCAGCCCUUGAGCGCAAAGGCGCCCCCUGUGGGCCACCUAAGCUCACCACAGGCGCUACAUCAAGUUCUCCUAAAUGGAAGCAGAAAUUUACUCAAAACACACCAAGCAUUCGACACGAACCAUGCCCACAGCAACCAUGGUCCCCCCAAAAUGCUCACUACCUUGGAUCAAAGAGUGAUCCAAACUCAAAGACACAACAUGGACAGUUUGCACCCAGAUGCCGGGAGAAACCUACAUACUGGGAAAGACAAACUGCUAACCAACACCAAAGCAGGAUUUCCCCUGCAGAUGAAAACGAAAACUCUGUCUUUAGGCAGAGAGCCCUAAGCAUCCUAAGAGACGCCCUCUACGACCUGAAGGAAGAGAACCAUCAACACAUGGCUGAUGUACUAUCCAUCACCUGUACGGUUCCACUUUCAAAUGUAGCAACAUCAUUCCCUCAGCCUCACACACCUGAGGAAGGUCACAGACUGACUCAGACACAGAUCCCGAGUCCUCGACUCGAAGCUCAAGACCAAACACCACGGAAAGGUCCACCUUUCUCCUCCAGCAACGCUCGUGGAGACACAGUCUACCUCAAGGAGAAAACAUGUGCUAAUCCAGACCGGGUCAGCAUAAAUGAACCAGGCAAGCAAAAGUUUUUGUGCAACUUGUCAGAAGACGAUAGAACAUGAAAACUAUACCUGCCUGUAACUCUUGAAAAUUCCUUCCAGCAGGAAGCCCUCAUUGACACCGAUGCCGAUG